CUGAACAAAACGAUCCACGUGUACGUUGUCAAAGCGAUUCCAUAGGAGCUCUUCUUUAAUAUACAAAAUUGUUUUGUUCUUUAGUGAAAAGUUGUGAUUUUUCAGUUGAAUAUGAUGAUGAACGAUUUACCGAACACAUUUUUGGAAACGUUCCACAGUGUGGAGGCCGUUAGAAAAAUGAAAUAUCAACCGCUCGGCAAGACAGGGAUGAUUGUGUCUAAAUUGAGCUUUGGUAAGAUACAGUUUGUUAAUCAUUACUUCAUGUUAUGUAUGAUGUUGAAAAAGGAAAUAUAUUGUGUUAGGAAAGUAGCAAAACGUCAUUGAGCGUAAGAGCGACACAGGGCUUGCGGCCAUCUUAAUCUUGCAUUUUAAACGAGGCGGUUGGUUGAGCAGAACCAAACAGAAUAUUUGCAUCAGGAAUUCACCUUAAUUGUUUGACCCAUAAGAGUAACUAUCAUCCAAUUUCUUCUGUCAGCGGUACCCCUGAAUCACUCAUUGAGGUCACGAGAAUAAAGUGAAUUAUCACCAAGGAAGGAUGCUCUUGAUUGUGAAACAAAUUCACCUCAUUAGGAGAAAUUUAUGAUGGAGCAACUGCAGAAUACCCGGCCACUCAUUUACAUGUCACUGAAUAAGAAUAGCGUCUAUUGUGUUGUGCCUCAAUCUUCAAAGCCUACCGUUACAUGUAAGUGAGGCUUUUGUGACCAAUAAGCCACCAUAGCAACCGUAUAGUAUAGUAGAAACACCCAUGUUUGUAGCUGUAUGUGCAUUCUAAAACAAAUUCAGUCACUCCCAUUUUGUAUAGUUCAAUUGCAAUUAGUUUAAAGUAUAGAAACAGUUCAGAGCUAUCUUACAUUAUAAAAUAAUUAAAGUGACUCUAAACUUCUGAAACAAUGCAGAAGUGAAAAAAAAAAAGGAAAAUAAAGCACUCUAAGCCUGUGUUUGGCAGACAAAGCCAAAAAUAAUGUUGCUAAGGUACUGUGUAUCGUUGUGUACCACAUUUAUAUUUAUUUUAAGAUAAAUUUGAUUAAUUCAACUUUGCAUCCUCCUUAUUGGAUCACCUAAGGAGAGGCACUGCUUGUGAAAGCCAAAUAUCAAUAUGCUCUUUUCCCUGAUAGGUGUUGCAUCUGCAUCUUUAAAUGAAUGCAGCAUUUUAACAGUGUUUUCUCAGGGAAUCCAUAGACCUUAAACAAAAAUAUGGUAAACCUUUGCUAAAGUCAGAUCAAAAACUUUUUUUCUUCUUAACGGUUUCAGAAUGGUAAUUAAUACACAAAUUUUAACCAAAGCUGAGACAAGUGCCAUUUUUGAUAUUGCUCUGUUCUACUGUUGUGAUAUUUCCCUGAAGCUAUUGAAUUUUAGAAAUAUGAGAAUUGUGAAUUAAGGCUUUGCUUAAAAUACAAAUUAUGAUUACGUAUCAAUUGCACAAAUAGUAAGUGUGAAAAUUUCAAUUUUUCUAUUCAAAUAUAGAUAACAAAUAAUAUGAAUUUUUAUAUCUUGCAACAAGGUGACGUGUCAAUUUCAUUCUAAAAAAUUACUAUUUGCUUUAAAUAAUGACAGGAGCAUCAUCACUUGGAAGUGUCUUUAGGGAAACUAAUGAUGAAGAGUCCAUUAAAGUAGUGCAUCAUGCAAUAAAAAGUGGUAUCAACUACAUCGAUGUUGCUCCGUGGUAUGGCCAUGGUAAAGCAGAGACUGUUUUAGGCAAGGUUUGUAUUUAUUUGCUGUUUGGUUAGUUGUUUUGUUCUUUAUUACAGUAACUACUCUUUAUUACCCAUUCUCUGUGAGAUGGACACCAUUAGUAAGGACUGGCAGCAAGUUUUUGUUAGGCUAUACCACAGGAAUUUAUCUUUUCUGUUUUAUAUUCAGGCCUUGAAAGAAAUACCUCGAGAAGCAUAUUACAUCACCACCAAGGUAACAUUUAUUUUGCCUUUUUUAAAACUUGGAUCAUUGAAGUAAGCAUCGUCAUUUGUGAAAAGAAAGAUGAAUGCUUCCUUGAUCCAAGUAGAAAUACAGAUCUGCAUUAGUUUCAAAUGUUUUAAGAAUUUCAAAACUGUUUACAAAUAUUAAUAGCUAUUGUGUUUGACAGCACCACUUUUAAUAGUCGCAUGGUUGAGAAGUGGUGGAAUAAUGCCUAUCAGAAAGUGUUUGUAAUCGAAAGUUUUACUCUCCAGUUGGAGUCACUACUCAUCUCAAAUGUUUACAUUAAUGAUCUCAUUUCAAGCCUGAUACAUUUUUGUUAUGUAGAUGUAUUAUGCCUUUUCGUGUUUUUCAUAGGUGUGUCGCUAUGAGCCUGACAUGCAAAAGAUGUUUGAUUUUUCUGCUGAAAGAACAAUACAAAGUGUUGAAGAAAGCUUGAAGCGACUGGGUCUGGAUUACAUAGAUGUUAUUCAGGUAUUGCUCUGCAGAAUUGAAAACUGUCAGGAUGUAAUUGAAGUUUUUCAAACUGGAAAUUAGGAUUUUCAAAGGUAUAUCAUAGGAAUCCCAAUUAGUUUGACUUGCAAAAGCUCGCAUUUCAGGGAAAGGAUCAUAUUUGUGUUUUCCUGCCAAUUUUCUAUCACAGACCAUGUUAACUCCCUAGGAAAUGAUAUUUCUCUUUACCUAGCUCAAGGAUGCAUGCGAGCUGAAAUGUGUCUCUAUAAUUUUCAAAAAAUAUACUGUGUACAAUUGCAAUAAUGUAAUUUGCCCAUAUCACUUUCUAAGCUUUAUAUUAACUUGUGUUGUGGGCGAAACUGUUGCUCAGCUCAAUGUGAUGUCAGUCAAGCUUUAAUUGUAACCAAAAUAUCUUAUAACAUGACUUCCCCUUCUACUGAAAUCUUUUAUUGCUUUAUAAAACACAUCUUUUAUAAUUGCCAUAAUUUCACAGUUUUUUAUUUUUUCAGAAAUCACUGAUUUGCACUAGUAAUAACAAUAACCAUUUUUAGUGUGAAUUCCCUGUCAGUACAGGUUCAUGAUAUGGAGUUUGCUCCUUCAUUGGACAUGAUUAUCAGUGAGACAUUACCUGCCCUUCAGAAGGUACUUGCAUUGAAUUGAUGCUUUACAAUAUACUUAUGGUAAUUUGUUUACCCAUCACCUCUACAAGAUUUUUAUCAGAAGUACCGUAAUUUCCGGUCGAUUACCCGCGGGUAAUCUGUUGAUUUUGCAUUAAAUCCGCGCCACUGCGGGUAAUAGGGAGGUGCGGGUUAUGUGACAAUUUUAAAUUCUUCUGGAAGUUGAAUUGAAAAAAUUUCUCACCUACCUGCGUUUCCACCUCUCAAAUGAAUUUUAUUGUAUCAAAAGUGCCACAAAGCGGCACGAAAACAUGAUGCCAACUCGAGUUUAUUUCACGCAUAAUUAGUUGCGUGACAAACAAAACCUUGAUGGUGACAAAAAUAAUCCAAGGAUAUCCGGCGCAUCAGUAACAAAUUUCCAGUUUUCACUAGCUUGAGCUAAAGAGAAUUUUCCCGUUUUAAGGGACUUGUUAGGCCCAGUAGAACAGGAGAUAUCGAUUUUUUUGAGAAAUUGCCGACAGUAAUUUUAAAUCCCAAAUGCAUCACCAGAAUGUUGAAAAUAAUAGGUGCGAAACUUAACUAAUUUCGCGCUGAAAAAGUAUUUUAACGACAAAUGAACAAUGGAUAUUGCUCAUUACGCUCCUACAUGCUAUAAAAAGGUAACUGACUGAAUAAGAAUUAUAAACCUCGAUCAUUCGCGAUAAGUGUAUCUACGAGUCACCAAUUAAGUUAAAAUGCCUGCUGUGAAACGCCCACGUCACAGUUUUACGUUUGAUUAUAAGCUUAGAGUAAUAACUCUUGCCGAUGAAAUCGGUAAUAGAGCAGCAGCAAUAAUCAAUCAAUAAAGUAUAAGCUAAUAUUGACACAGAAUUGUGCACAUGUCUGAAUCGAAAGACUGAAAUGUAUCGCCUUAAUGUCACGUUUUCGCCACCGAAAAAGUUGAAUAACAACGUGCGGGUUAUCCACCGGUGCGGGUAAUCCGUUGACUUUUUUUUUCGCCGUAUGCAAUAAUCGGCCGGUGCGGGUAAUCGGCCGUGCGGGUAAUCGACCGGAAAUUACGGUAUUAAGAAUAGUAACAAAAAUAGUGCAAUAGCAGGCUGGUAUAAUUGUACUCCAAUAUUUAAUUACAUAGUUUGAAUUUAAUCUCAAACAAAACUGUUGAAAUAUGUCAUUUGCCAAAAUCUUUAAGUUCAGUGUGUUUUGUUUUCAUUACAUAUUCUUGUUAAUUAUUAAUUUUCUCUAUGGUUUCAGCUCAAAGACAGUGGGAAAGUGAAGUUUAUUGGGAUAACAGGAUAUCCAUUAGAAAACUUUCGGUGAAUACAUAUGUUGUAGUUUAAUGUAUCUUGAGGAAAAAAAUUGAAACUUUUUACAAGGUUUUUACAAGGUUUCUUACCUGCAACUCAUUUUAAACUACAUUCAGAUAUAGUUUAUAUCUUACUCAACAGUAUUCUUGGUGGUUGAACCCAAUUCAGAGUCAGACAUUUCUGAAAAUUUCUUUCAUUUUUUGCUGAUUACUGUUUCAUUCAUCUUCAGGACUGUUCUGGAAAGGAGUAAAAUAAACAUUGACACAGUGUUGACAUAUUGCCGUUGUUCUCUGAAUGACGUUGGAUUGCUAGAUUAUAUGAACUUUUUUAAAGUAAGAUUUAAAGCAACUCUAUCAUGACAACUGGUUGGAAAUAAAAUGUGCUUAAAUUGGCUUUCCAUGCUACAUUUAAAAGCAAAUCUCCUCAGUAUGCUGCCUGUCUCAAAACUGACCCCAAACACACCACCACUAAAACAAAUAUUGUUUUAUUAGGGAAGGCUGAGUUCCUUUUCUGUAUAUUAAUUUUGUCAAUUUUGAUCAUUUUUUGAAAGUUCUUAUCAAUUUUAUUAAUUAUAAAUGUUCUAAGGCAAAUUGUUUAUCUUCAAGGUGAAAUGUUCCAAAAGUAAGCAAAUGAUUAUCAUCACUUGUCUGAAUCUUGAAAUGGUGGUAAUAGCUUUUCUUUCCCUCAGGCUUUGGGAAUUUUUUCUCUCCCUUAACUUGGCCAACAAAUGUUUACUCCACCAUCAGUGAAUGAUACUCUUCUGAUCUUAGGAUUACAAUAUGAGCAGGUUCAGGACCAAAUCUAUUGUAUAACAAUUUCAGGUACAAACAAGGUAGUUUUAAUCACUACCAACAGUAUAUGAAGCAAAAAAGAAAGGAAAAGAAAAAAAGGAAAUAAAUCAGGCAGCCCAUUGCAUUAAAUUUGUGGUUUUUCUUUGGCAUAUGAUUAGCGUUUGUUGUUAACUUUUCAUAUUAUUUUUCAUUUUUUUUCCUCUUUAGGUCAUUCAAAUUUUUUCAUGUUUUAAUUCUUGUGUUGUUUAGGAGAGUGGAGUUGGAGUUGUAAAUGCUUCUCCUGUAUCAAUGGGAUUAUUGUCAAACCGUGGGCCUCCCUCAUGGCACCCAGCUGGGGAAAUUGUACGGAAAAAAUGCAGCGAGGCUGUUGAUUACUGUCAGGUGUGUUGGUCUAAAAUGCAUUCAGUAUACCCUUAUAAUUUCAUUAAUUUUAGAAGGAUUUUUUUAGCAUUAUAGUCCUUAUUUAUUCCAUGAACUGUCAGCAUUUAAAAGUAAAGGGUUGGGUACAUUGAAGUAACCCCUGCCAAUUAUAACUGGGUGAAUUUUUUUCAUAUUUAUUUAGUAACUAAGUAUUUUAGUUAUAAACGUUAACACCUAAGAGUCUAAAAAAACUUGUUCGAAUGUGCAUGUGUGGAAAAAAAUUACAAAAACCUAAGUGAAAAACUUAAACUACUUAUUAAAAUGUAAUACCUACUUUAUUAAAGAUACAUCAUUUAUUAUAAAAUAAUUCAAAUAGUACACGUGCUCUGAUUGGCCAUGAAACCAUUUUACAUGAGCAUAUGUAAACACGGUUUUUGUUCCUCUUUCAUUAGUUAUUUUAUAAAAGAAAUGUAAAAUGGUUUUCGUGUUCACAUACUUUUUAGCCUGAUGUAAACUCUUGGGAGGUUGGGAGAACACUUGAUAAACUGGAAACCACUCUGCUUUGUGUUGUGGUUUCCUAUGCUUAUCUUGUGUUCUCCCAACCUCCCGCGUGUUUACAUCAGGUUAUGUAAACACGGAAACCAUUUUACAUUAUUUUCUUCAAUAUAAGUUCAUUAUUCAAAAAGUGCUAAAAUUUGACAGAACAUUUAGAAAAGUCACAAACUAUGAUAGCAAAGAAUAAAAUAGAAUAGAGAAAAGUGAUAAUGAUAAAAUAACCUAAUAAUGUAUGCAAGACAGAAACUACUAUUAAGAUUCUAAGUUGAACUUAUGAAGAGCCUUAAUAAACACUUGAAGUUUAUCUGAGUUCCCAGUAUAUAACAUUAGCUUGUUCCACUGCUUGCAAGUUAUAAAUGGAAAAGAUUUUUGCAUCCACUCAGUGUUAAAAGGAGGCUGUACCAAGUUACUUCCCUUAUCCCUUACAUUAUAACAUACAUCCCUUAAAUUCAGAAAAUUGGCAAAGUACUUUGGACCUAUUGAGUUAAGAUAUUUAUAAAUCAAGACCAGAGCUUGGUAAUAACAAUAGUGUUUCAAAGUAUUUAUGCCUACAAGACUCAGUAAGGUUUCUUAGCUUUCAUUCUUAGUCCCAAAUAGAAUUCUUAAGAUAUAAUAGUUAGCAUCUUGGAGUCUAUUGCUCUGCACCUAACCAAGACAAACUAAAACUGUAUUACAAUAUUUUAAACAUGGAACUAGAAAUAUCUCUACAGGAGAAUCAUAGUUUUCAUGGGAACAAAGUGAGAUAUUUGUUUACCCAGAUCAAAUUUGUCAUUCUUCUUACUGUCAACCAUACAAUUCCUAUAAUGUUAGUUCAGAGAAUUUAUCCUGCUAAUUAAUUUAUCAGCUAAUUAUCCCCAAAUUGAUAUCUUUCUGUAUUCUCAUCGCUUAUCUGGUUAAUAUUGUAUUGAUAGUGUAAGGAGAAAUUCUGUCUUGGUCACUCAUGGGAGUUAAAGGGUUAAGAGCUGAGGUCUUGGAAUAAAUGCUUGCUAACUUUGCUGAAAUAUGUGCCUUGUAAGAAAUCUUCCUAUCCAAUAUUACUCCUAGAAUCUUGAGAGUAGGCUUCACUUUGAUCUCCAUUCUGUUGAUGAAAAGAUCAUGCUUGUAUGUAGAUGAGCCAAGGAUCAUAGCUUGUGUCGUGGAGUUUUUAGUUGAGUAAAUUUUACUCAAACCUUGUAGAAAACAUAUACAAGUUCUUAUUGACCAUGAACUGUAGAGCUAAAGACAAAGGAUCAGAAUUGUAUCUAGUGGCAUCAUUGGCAUAUAGUUUUAGUACCAUGUUCAGAACACUGUAGUUUACUUCGUUUAUAUAUUUGUUGAAUAACAAUGGACUAAGCAGAGAUCUCUGGGGGACACCUGCCAUGACACAUUUCCUUUCAGAACAAAUUCUAAGAAUUGCUAUGUAUGUUAGUUACUGAUUAUAGUAAUAGAAAAUAUUUCAAUCUUUUUUUUUUUGUUGUUGUUGUUGUUUUGCACUGUGCUUGUUUGUUUGCUUUUUCAAGAAUAGUCUCUACUUAAACAAGAGACUUCCACUCAGUAAAAUCAAUAAUUAUGAAUUUGCCACUAACACUGCCUGAUAGCAAUCAUAGAAAUAUCACCCAAUAAUGUUUUAGAGUUGUCUGGGCUGUCAAAGUUUUUUGCCUGAGAUUUCUCUGUUCUAUGAUUUUGAGACAGCUAUCUUUGUGCAAAGCUUGUUUUACCUGCUUUGAUUCAUGUUAAAAAAUUUUUUUUUUCACCCAUUUCUUGAAGGAACAAGGGGUCGAUAUUUCCAAGCUUGCACUUCAUUUCACUUUGGGUUUUGAAGAAAUUCCAACUACUUUGGUCAGCACUGCUAGCAUUCAAAAUCUGCAGAAGAAUAUUGAUGCAGUUAGUCAAAAGUUAUCAGAUGCUGAGAGCAGAUGUCUACUGUAUAUAAGGGACAAGUAUGUUGAUUUUUCUUUUUCCCUUUUGAAUGAAAUGUGAUGAAAUUAAAGUGGAAUAACUUGCUGGGAAAAAAUAAAAUGUCAAGCGUAUGUGGUGGCCUACAAGAGGCAAGAUCUACCACAGACUAAAUUUUCAGUCAUAGCUCUGUACUUAUGACACAAGUCUAGAAAUGCAUCCGUAAAAUGGUCAGGAGCAAUUCAUUCAAGAUGAUUUCUGGAAAUGGAGGAAAAUUGUUUGUGUUAUGUGUAAAAGUGUAACAGUAAUACCAUCCUUAUUAGAGGCUUUUAAGGUGUCUUAAAUGAUUAUUGUGUAUGUGUUGCUAGUAGUUACAUGUACAUCAGAACUUUGAAGUGGUCACUUUUGGAAGGAAAAAGAUGAUACAUAGAAAAUAUUACUACAUCUAGGAUAACUACACUUACAUUUCAUCAGCCAUGUAAAAAGCAGUAAUGGAAAAGUCAUUCAGCAUCAAAAUUUUCCUCUGGGUUUUGAAAAGGUGGUUAAAACUAAUGGAAGGCUGUGGGACAUGCCAUUUACAUUACUGAAGUGCAUCAUGAGACAAUGUUGUUAUAAUGCUAUCUCUUGCAGUAUUUUUGAGCCAUGUGGUAAUCUUUCCUGGGAAGGUGUAGAAGUCUCAAGAUAUUGGCAGAAGAUGAAACAGCUUCAUAAUUGACACUGUACUUGUGACUCAGUUGUGGUGACGUAUAUGGCAGCUUUCUACAUGUUGUGUUUAAAGAAUAGCUAUACCUUUAAACUUCACCUUUUGUGUUUUAUAAUGAAAAAGAUUAUCAACCUGAUUCAUUUUGCAUGAGAGUUCAUCAUAAUGACAGCUGCCAAAAGUAGAAACUUAUAUUCGAGGAUGUUUGUGGACUUGUUGAAGUUAUUUAAAUUCAUUUCAAAUUUGAACAAAGACAGGCAGGCUCAUUCUCAUUGUAUUUUGAGAUUUUCUAUCGAAGAGUCUCCAGGAAAUGUAAAUUUUCCUCUGUAAAUGAUGUUAUAUUUAAUUCAAGAAACUUUGAAAACUUUCGCAAUGUUUAUUAUUAUAACAUAGCUAGUAAAUUUGUCUAAUCAAAUUCAAUUUCACGAGCGUGCUUCAUAUUCCUAUUGUGCACGCUCAUGAUGUCAACAAACAUAUCCCUCGAGAAGAAAAUUUUCCAUUGGGUUGAAAAUGUUAUAAAACAAUUGGUUCAUAUGUCAGCUAUGCGUUCAUCAAGAUAUGAAGCACUUGGGAAGUUUAGAGAGCACUCACGAAGCUAGAGUUACUCUCGGCUAUGCUCUGAGCAACUCUUACGCAUCUUUCGUGCUCUCCAAACUUUCUGUGUGCUUCAUAUCUCGAUGAACACAUACUGACGUAUGAACCAAUUAUUAAGUGUAGGAAUGUGUGCAGGAUGAAGAAAUGGAAAAAAUUCAGGCUUCCUCUCUGGGAUUUCUUUAAGUGUGGCUCACCUGUGAGAUUCAUUUCUCUACUUGUGUAUCAUCCACAGGUAAUAAGAUAAUAUAUUUUAUUUGGUUGUGAUUGGACUCCCCCAUGAGAACAAAGAAGUUCCAAAAUUUGCCCCACCCCCAACACAUGUUGAUUGGCAGAUCAGUUAGUAGAGGUGCUCAACUAGUAUCUUGGGGGCAUGGUUUUGAAUCCUGUCAAAGGCUAAAUUUUUCCUAUGGCUUCUUAUCUGCAAUUUCUUUCAUUGCAACUCAGUUGCAAGAAUCAUUUCCGUACAUUUUUAAGGUUUUUAGUUCAAAAUGUGAUGUAUUUCAUGUAGUUGUUCCUUUACUGGUCCAGUAGCAAAAACCACUAAAGUGUAGCUCCCUCCUAAGAUGUGUAACCUCAGCUGAGUUGGUAGUAUAACAGCAGCACAUAAUAUGAAUCUAGCCUGAAUGAAUUUAAUUGAGUGAUCAUCAAAUCUUGUACUUACUCAUAUGAAACAUUUAUAACAUACUGUAUCAUUCAUUUGUGCAAAAGGUGGAAGGUGGAAUCAUCUGUGAUAAUUUAAAUUGCAAGUUGAAGUUUUAAUGUUAAAGUGAACCCAUAUCAUCGGGAAGAAUAGGAAAAUAUUUAUUGAUAAAAGUUACUUUGAUACCCAAACUUGUGUUUACAAAAUAGCUGUGCUUCAUUGCAUUUAGUAAUAAAUAAUAAUUAUUGCAGACAUUUAGUAAUAAAUAAUAAUUAUUACAGAAACUCUUCCUGAUGAAGAAACAUCAAGUUCUAUUUAAUGUUGACCAAGAAAAAUUUGAAUUUAAAUAUUCUUAAAUAUUAUGUUUGUGUACAUGGUAUCUGGAAAAAAAUGCAACAAUAACCAAAAAAAAUGUACUUCUAAUAGAAUAAAUUAAUAGUUUGUUGUUCAUUUCAUUUUUGCCUGUAAGUGAUUGUAUAAAAAUGUUUGUAACACAUUAUCAAAGGGUGGGGAGACAUGAUUGUUUUUAAAAAUAAACUUUCAGAGAGUGAACACUUUCCAGUCUGACAUAUUUUGAAUUAGUUUAUACCUCACAGGUGAAUGUUUCUUUUCAUGCAUGAUGAUUAGCUGGUUCAGAAAUGAUUAGCAAGCACUAUUCACCUCCAAGCAACC